AUGAAGGGAUACACAUCAUCUGCCCUUCUUCUGGGCCCUGCGCUGCUCUCUCAACUUGCCCUAGCACAGCAAGCACCAAGCGGCGUUGUCCAUUGGGGCAUCCAGAAAAGGCACGCACCCAACGCACCAAACCGGCUUCUAAGGCGGGCCGGCCCGACGCACCAGGCAAUUCUUCAAAAUGAGCAGGCCCGAGGAGGAUACUUUGCGACAUGCGAGAUGGGGACGCCUGGGCAGAAAGUGACGUUGCAGUUGGAUACAGGCAGUAGCGACGUAUGGGUACCGGAUUCGACUGCAUCAAUUUGCAAUAAGGGCGCGUGUGAUCUGGGAAGUUUCGACCCAAGCAAAUCAGAAACAUACACGGUGGUAGGGCAAGGUGAAUUUGACAUUUCAUAUGUGGACGGCAGUUCGUCCAAGGGGGACUAUUUCACCGAUGUUUUCAAUAUUGGCGGAACAACGGUCACCAACUUGACAAUGGGCUUGGGAGCUCAGACGGAUAUUGCGUAUGGCCUGGUGGGUAUCGGGUAUGCUAUCAAUGAGGCCAUUGUGGGAAAUAGCCAUUCCCUGAGUUCCCAAUACCCCAACCUGCCCGUUGCCAUGGUCGAUGAUGGGUUGAUCAACACUAUCGCGUACAGCCUCUGGCUGAACGAUCUUGAUGCGGAUGAAGGCAGUAUUCUCUUUGGUGGCAUCGACACAAAGAAGUAUAAAGGCGACCUGACGCGAAUCAGAAUCUACCCUAGUAGUAACGGCUACUACUUCUCCUUUAUCGUCGCCUUGACAUCGUUACAAGCAAUUAGUCCUAGCGGUAACGACACGCUUACCUCUCAGGAGUUCCCCAUUCCGGUAGUGCUCGACUCGGGUACGACCCUGUCUUAUCUGCCGCAAGACAUCGUGGAUCAGAUCUGGCAGGAAGUCGGUGCAGAAUACUCUGAUAGGCUUGAGUUGGCUGUCAUUCCCUGCUCGAAGAAGUCUAGUAACGGCUACUUUUCCUUUGGGUUUGCCGGCCCUGACGGCCCUCGCAUCACUGUGCGGAUGGACGAGCUGGUCCUCGAUCUCACUAGUGGAGACCCUCCGAAGUACACGAGCGGGCCGAACAAAGGUCAGGAUGUAUGCGAGUUUGGCAUCCAGAAUUCUACCUCCGCGCCAUACCUCCUUGGCGACACCUUCCUGCGGUCGGCAUAUGUGGUCUACGAUCUGGUCAACAAUGAAAUCGCCUUGGCGGAGACGGACUUCAACUCGACCGAAAGCAACAUUGUGGCGUUUGCCAGCAUGAGCGCAACGAUCCCGUCAGCAACACAGGCGCCAAAUCAAGCGGCGGUCACCAAUAGACCCGUUGCAACUAUGCCAUCAUUUGCGGCGAGUUCAGGAUUCUCGGAUACUGGUGGCUCGGGCAACGAUGGUAAGGACGAGAAUGCAUCGGCAGGCAUGCCAAGUGCAUUUGGUGUCGCUCAGAUGUCUGUGAUGGGUAUUGCCAUGGUGUUUGCCAUGAUUGGUUCUGGCGUAUUCGUCUUGCUAUAGGCUCUGCCAUUGCAUUCGGUUGGAUUUGGAUAUGGCAUUCCUUUUUUUUCUUUUUGAGUUGAAACGCAAAGAACAGGAUGAUGACGAUACCCCGACGGGCGUAGCGUUAGGUGAAAGAGUAUUCGGUUUUGUUUUUGGAUGGAUCCUGAACAUUACUCAUUCAUUACCUAGGACUUGGGUAAUUUGUUUAUCCUAUGGUCGGUACCUACUUUACUUGGACUAGGCAUCAUGAGUUGAAACAGUGAGGGAUGGCAAUUGGGUAUGGUAUUGAGCUACUGUUCUGUUUGGAGUGGUUUGUUUAUAGUGCUGGUAAUGCAUGAUCAGUGUUCAACCUUCA